AUGAAGUACCUCGCCGCUUACCUCCUCCUCGCCCUUGCCGGCAACGAGUCCCCCUCCGCCGCCGACAUCAAGGCUGUCCUCUCCUCCGUCGGUAUCGAUGCCGACUCUGAGCGCCUCGACAAGGUCGUCGCUGAGCUCCAGGGCAAGAACCUCCAGGAGUUGAUCGCUGAGGGUUCCACCAAGCUCGCCUCCGUUCCCUCCGGUGGUGCUGGUGCCGCUGCCCCCGCCGCCGGUGGUGCCGCUGCCGCCGCUGACGCUCCCGCCGCUGAGGAGAAGGAGGAGGAGAAGGAGGAGUCCGAUGAUGACAUGGGAUUCGGUCUUUUCGACUAA